CGGACUGGACCAGCUUCUGCUACAAAGACUGGAGUCGUGCAGCCAACACCUCAAGCACUACCUAGACGAACUGGACCAGCAGCCAUAAUUGUGUCUCCUCGUCAAAAAGGCAACCCAGUACUGGAGAGGAUCAAGUCGAUGCCAUGGGAAUAUGGUGAUAUUGCAGCAGACUAUGUGCUCGGUGUCACUACCUGUGCUUUGUUCCUGAGUUUGAAGUAUCAUCGACUGCACCCGGAGUACAUCUACACUCGCAUCAAAGCUCUCCAGGGCAAGUUUGCCUUGCGCAUUAUCCUCUGCAUGGUGGAUAUUCAGAACCACGAGGAGACCUUGAAGGAGCUCAGCAAAACCAGCGUCAUCAAUAACGUGACAGUGAUACUAUGCUGGUCCGCAGCGGAAGGCGGGAGGUACCUUGAGCUGUUCAAGACAUACGAGAACGCUGCACCGACGUCCAUCAAACAGCACCAAUCCACGACAUACAGCGAUCGUCUGAUCGAUUUCGUAACAACGCCUCGUUCGAUCAACAAGACCGAUGCGGUUUCGCUCGUGGCUCAGUUUGGCUCGAUUAGAGCAGCUGUCAAUGCCAGGCACGAAGACGUCUCGGUGAUUGCAGGGUUCGGAGAGAAGAAAGUGCAAAAAUGGUGCGACAGUGUUCGAGAGCCGUUCCGAGUCCAACGUGCGGCCAAGCGCGGAAUAGAUCUUGAGGGAUUGAAUCUGCUGAGCCAGCCUGUAUCGAGAGCACCGACACUUUCACGCGAUAUCACCAGAGAAGACAGCGACACCCCAGAUGCCGGAGCGAGGCCUCCAGUGUUCAAGAAGUCUUCUAGCAUGGCCACGACUACUGCUGAUGCAGACCGACGACCACAAUCACGCCUAGCAGAA